AAACAGCUUUAGAGUUUCAAAGGAAAGAACUCAGAAGAACUCUUGCAAACAAACUCUUGUGGUUGCUGUAUGCUGUAAUGUGCAUCAUUCUUCAGAUUUUUGUGUAUGUUUUCUUCUUGGAACAAGUCAUACAUGUCUAUGUCAUGGAUUCGUAUUGCUUCUGUUUUCACUUUGAAUGAACGAGGGAGGAUAUUCUGAGAAUUUAAUGAAAAUAAUUUGAGCACAAUUGAAUAAAUGUGGUACAUGUUCAUCCAGAUCUCAAAAUGUUCUCAUGUUUUGUGAAGGCAUCUGGUGCCUCUAGUGAUAUGAAAAGACACAAUGCAGAGGUAGCCCCACUACAAUUAGCAUCAGAGGUUAAGUCCAUUCCUGAGGUUAAAGGUCAGGCCCCUUCCCCAGGGCGUGGGGGUGGGGUACUUAAUUCCAUGACUUCCCUCCAGAGAGAGGCAUCCCCAACCACACAGAUCCAUGCUGCUGCUGUCAAUGGUCAGAAGACAUCUCUUCAAAAACUUCUCAAAGCAUACCCACAAGAAGUUGAUCAGGCAGACCAGUUUGGGCGAUCACCUCUCAUGUUUGCAGUACUUGCUGACCGACUUGACUGUGCAGAGGUCCUCAUAAAAAAGGGAGCUAAUGUGGAUGCCAAAGAUAAUGGAGGAAGGACAGCCUUGCACUGGGCUACAUACAAGGGAGUGUUUCGGCUAUGCAAGUUGCUAGUAUCUAAGGGAGCCUAUUGGAGAGAAAAAGACAACGAGGGACAGACGUGUCUUCACUUUGCCACGAGACACAAAGAUACUAGAUGUCUUGCCCUUAUCAUGAAACAACUCAUGCCAGGGGAAGUAGAUGAGCAAGAUAAUUCAAAGAGAACUGCCUUACACUGGAGUGCAUCCUAUGGAAAUGAGGAAGCGGUGAGAAUGCUUGUGAAACAUAGCUCCAACAUUGGUAUACCAGACAGUGAUGGUAAGACCCCACUCCAUUGGGCAGCUAAUGCUGGGGAUUCCCCUACUGCUAUUAACACGGUUCAGCACAUACUGGACACUGAACCGAGUGUAGUGAACUGGCAGGACUAUGAGGGGAGAACAGCACUUCACCUGGCUGUUGCUAAUGGUAAUACUGCCAUAGUCCAACGGCUAGUAGAUUUUCAGACUCCACUGGUCAAGUGCAACAUUUCUGUCUUGGACAAUAUGUUCCGGACCCCUCUCCACUGGGCAGCUGUCCUUGGCCACACCCACAUGGUCAACAUGCUACUGGACAAGAAUGCAAAUUACAGCUGUUCGGAUUCCAACGGGGCCACACCCUUACACUACGCAGCACAGAAUAACCAUACGGAGACUGUGGAAGUCUUUCUUCAGAGAGAAGGGAUCACAGAUGAGCCUGACCUUGAAGGAAGGUCAGCACUCAUGUGGGCGGCUGGGAAAGGAGCAGAUGGGGUGAUUGAGGUCAUGAUGAAAUUCAAACAAGAUAUUAAUGCUACAGAUAAAACAGGAGCAACAGCCCUCCAUGCUGCUGCUAUGUCGGGCCAUGCAAGUACAGUCAAUGUCUUAUUGCAGCAUGGUGCAGCUGUUGAUGUUGUUGAUCAGACUAAGCACACACCUCUGUUCAGAGCGGCUGAGAUGGGACAUACAGAAGUCAUGAAGACUUUAGCUAAAGGUGGAGCUCAAGUCAAGGUAGUUGAUCAGGAAGGCAGAUCUCCUCUUCACUGGGCUGCUUUGGGAGGUCAUACGUGUGUCUGUUUCCAUCUAAUGACACAUGACAUAAGUCCCAAUGUACAGGAUAAUGCUGGUCGUACCCCUCUUCAGUGUGCUGCCUAUGGGGGUUUUAUCCGUUGUAUGACUCUACUCCUAGAGCAUGGUGCUGAUCCUAAUCUACAGGAUAAUGAGGGUAUGACGGCUCUUCACUGGGCUUGUAGUACUGGAUACCUGGAUGCUACAAGGUUACUGUUAGACCAUGGGGCUUUCCCUAAUCAUAUGGAGUUAACAGAGGAUCGCUUCACACCCCUUGACUACACCCUACUUAAUGACCAUCAUGAAGUAUCACAAUACAUGGUUGAACAAGGCGCACUCUCUAUCACUGGUAUCAGAGACAUGGCUGCUACUCGUAUUCAGUGUCGUUUCCGAGGUUUCUGUGUCCGCAAGACAUUUGUUGAGAGGAAGAAGCUGCUGAUGAAACAUGAACAACUGAGGAAAGAUGCAGCAGCUAAGAAACGUGAAGAGCAAAGCAAAAAGUAUGAUCAGCCAGAUUCCUCCUCAACCCCAUUGAACUCCCGAAGUAUGGAACAUAUCCCUACUUUGCAUCCAGGGGAUAAAUCCCAAAUCAAAGAGAAUGGAUGGACAUCAGAGAAUCCUAACACCAACAAUAACAAUAAUGUUUGUAAUGCAUCAGUAAGCUUGUCAGAGGAUACCAGUACGUUACAUGACACCUGCUCUGGAAUGGGGGAGGUAGAUGGAAGGAUUAUAGGACCACCUCUACUAGUGAGUGACAACCCAUGUUCAGUCUCACUAAAGGAGGUGAGGGAUGAGGAAGGUCAGCUGAGAAUUCUGAAUGAGAGAAGGAAAGUGGUAUAUAAGGAGAGACUAAGGUUGGCUGAUAUGAGAAGGAAGAAUAGAGCUGCUACAAUCAUUCAGAACGCAUGGAGAAAUUUCAGACAAUGCAACACUAAGAUGAUGCAUACUGUUCAUGAGAUACAGCUACGGCGAUUGAUGCGCAAAGAUGAAGAUGUUUGGGAGAGACAGAUAGCUGCAUGUACUAUCCAGCUUGCAUGGCGGCGAUACUAUCGUCGCAAGCUUCUCAAAGCGCUUGGGGGUAACAAGGCUCUGGUACACACCUAUGAUCCAGAAAUAAUGGCUCUUAGACAGUAUCUGACUCUUCAGAAAGUAUAUGGAGGAAGCAUGGAAGCUAAAGAGUGGUUCCCUGGUCCACCUGAGAGAAAGGAUCGUCCUGAUUACAUGAAAUAUAUUCCUUCACCUGCUGCUUUGUCUUACAAUUUUGCCAUGGAGCAGUAUAUGCCUGAUAACCUGAAGAUAAUGUGUAGUGGUUUGGAUAACAUCACCCUCCAGAGGGCUGGUCAGGAUGACCAGUCAAUGGCACUGAAUGAAGCAGAUGAAGCAUUCUUGCGCCAAUCUCAAAGUAACAACAGCCACAGCAGUACUCCAAAUUCCUGAAAUCUGACUGACUGAAUAGUUCACACGAAUGUUUUGUGAGGUAUAUUUUCUUCCAGUAUCAGUGCUACUUCAAGGUUCACCAUUUCAUCAGGAUGUCAUCGUCCAAGUCUAAAAGAGGAGGUUAACUGAAAUAUGUGUACUUUAAACACCUUGAUUAUUGCAUAGACAUGUACUUUUAAUACUGCUUUCUUUACAACAGUCCUUAAAUACCAUUAUUUUGCUUAAUUUAUAUAUCUACCUCUUACAACAUCGAGAUCUCCAACUGUUUUAUGCACAAGAAUAGCCAUUCAUAAAUAGAGAUAUUUAGAAAUGUUGAUCAUGGUCAUGAUUUUAUGAAUUAUUAUAAUGGUUAUUGUAUUCAUAUUUAUAUUGAUAUUGCAGUGUAAAUUGGAAAUUGAGUUUUAGAUUUGAAAUUUACAGAGUAGGGAAAAAAUAUAUGAAUGGUAUUGUACAACAUACUGUUUAAUUUCAGACCAGUAUAUACUUGGGGGUGUCAAUUUGACCCCCCCUUAGAUCUUCGCCACUGAUCGCGCGAUCGCCGUGAAAAUUUGAACGCGCGUAGAGAUGAUGAUGAUGAUGAUGCACAGCAUUUGCAUAGGAGCCAGCCAAUCUGGGUCGCCUAAAAGGGCGCGCACACGGACUGUGACCCGCAGGUCUCUCCUCCCGAUAUAACUGGUUGGGGGAAUGCAGGUGGACCACUACACCGGGGUUUCAUCCUACUCUUAUUUGAAUAGUGCAGUCGGUUCUUAAUGUGCAGAGGGGGUGACUCUCCUCUACACAGGGCCUCCAUUUGACGUCCUAUCCGAGGGUCGAAGUGUUUUCCACUGUAACAUAGCCUGCAUCUAUGGAACCACUAAUAAGUCACCAGGAAAGGUUCUCUGUAAAUGGCCAAAAUAGUAACUUGGUCUUCAAACAGUCAAAAUUCAAAACUUAGCUUGUCUGAAGAAGUCCUUUUUCAUCUUUAUACUGUAAAAAUUUCGAGUUGUAAGAUUGAAUAGAAAAAAAGAUACAAGAGUUUCUUUGACACAAGUUUUUGCAGACUGCAUGGAAGUUUAAUUGAAAUUGUACAGUGUGCAUAUCUUCUGCUUCGAAUGUUUUCUCCUUAUUUCCUGAAAGCUCUUGCUUUGUUUUCUCUGCAUUCAUCAAGAAUUUGAGUGAGUUUUUGUUUAUCAAGUUUGACAAAUCAUAUAUCAUUUUAAAGCUCAAUAUGUGCUUGUUUUAAUCUCAAUAAAAAUCUCAAAAUUCAUUUUGGGGGACUUAUUGUUGGUUUGGGGCGGCUGGUCCCAAUUUGCAUUUGCAGUUUGAUGUGUAUUGAUGUGCAUGAAAAGGUAAACGGUAAUGUCUUCCAAGUGAUGAUAUGUUUACUUCUGUACAAUAUUAAUAUUUGCCCUUCUCUUGGUUAGAAUUAAUGACCACCUUGCCAAUUUAUUCGUGUAUAAACACAAACAUAUAUAUAUUAUAUUUUGAAUUUUUGAUACAUUUACUUAGAUUGAAUAAGUUGAAGUAUGUAAGUAAAUGAAAAGUAUGGAUAAAACCAGCAAGGCCUGGCAGAGUGGAUAUAUGAAGCUCUUGCUCAUACUGUUUGUAUUGUAUGUCAGGAAGAGCAAAGCAAAUAAAAUACCCUUUCAGGACUUUUUGUUCACAUCUUUGUGCAUCUUGAUUUUAUGCAAAUAUUAAUGGAAUUCAUAUUUGUAGUCUGGCCUUUGUAGCAUGUACCAAUUCAAUACAUUAUUAGUGUACCUGUUCCCAGGAGAGUAGAAAUCUGCCCCCCCCCCCCCCCCCUCUUCAGGUCUUGAGGUAUCCAAUAUUAUUUAUUUCUGUUUGUUGCUACGAUCAAAAUCCUUGAAUAAAUUUGUUCUUGAAAUUUUAUUUUACUCA